CGUCACUAAUGAUCAGUUCAGCGUAUUUUUGUGAUUAUUUUUUUUAAUUUCAAAAAUAAUUAUCUUAUCAAGUGUUAAAUAAUGCUUUUGCGUAAGUAAAACUGCAAGUGUUUUAUAAAUUUAAAGGAUAUUCUGAGAGAUUUUAUUCUUCGAGUAUGGAAGCUAACAGUGUUGUUCUAUGUGACAAUCUAAUCAAAUGGUUGCAGACUUUGAAUCUUAAAGCCAAACAUGGAAAUCCAUCAGAACUAUCAGAUGGUGUGGCAAUAGCAGAGGCACUUACUCAAAUUGCGCCUGAAUAUUUCUCAACAUCAUGGAAUUCCAAAAUUAAAACGGAUGUUGGUCAUAAUUGGAGACUGAAGGUUAGCAAUUUGAAGAAAAUAUUGGAAGGUGUAGUUGACUACCAUCAAGAUAUCUUAAACCUAAGCUUGCAGGAGUUUUCUCGGCCGGAUGUAGUUAAUAUUGCUGAGCAUGCAGAUCCAACAGAUUUAGGAAGACUAUUACAACUGGUUCUCAGUUGUGCAGUCAACUGUAUUAAGAAAGAGGAAUAUAUCACGCGAAUCAUGAAGUUGGAGUUUGCGUGUCAGCGAUCCAUAAUGCAAGCGAUACAAGAACUGGAGAAUAUAACAUUGGGAACGAAUCGCAGUAGUAUUCCUUCGGAGACGACUAAUAUAGAUCAAACUGAUGCUGAUAUGAAAGAAGCGCUCGCGCAAAGAUGCCAUGAGCUUGACACACAGGUGAAAAUUCUUCAAGAAGAGAAAAUGACGUUACUGAGCGAAGUCAGCAGGUUGACUGCCGCAAGAGAAGCGGAAGGUGACACCAACGAUGCGAGGGACUUGGACGAAGCGGGUGCGUCGCUCGGGCCCGCGCACGCCGGCACGUUGCGUUAUAGCAACAUGCGUGCGCAGUUAGACGCGUUGAAGGACGAGCUGGAUAAGGUGGAACUGCAGAGAGAUGACCAGAGAGCCAGGGCCGAAACACUGGAGAGAGAACUUGCUGUAACGAAGUUAAAGAAUGAGGAGUUGCAGAUAGCAGCGUCAGAGAACGUGGUUCUCAAGGAUGAGUUGGACGCGCUGCGAGAGACGGCGGCCAAAGCGGCCGCGCUCGAGGCUACCGUCGCUUCCUACAAGAAGAGAAUGGAGGAGCACGUAGACUUGAGGCGACAGGUGAAACUGUUGGAGCGCGCUAACACGGAGCACGUGCAGCGCGCCAUCGAGCACGAGCAAGCGGCCGCGCGUGCGCACGCUUUGCGCGCGCAGCUUGACAUAUACAAGAAACAGGUAACAGACUUGAACGAGAAGUUAGACGCAGAGAUAACGAAGGCGGACAAACUGGAGAUCGAGAACAAAAAGCUGAGCAGCCGCGUGGCGUCGCUGCAGCGCGAACGAGAUACGCUGUUGCACGAGCGCGAAUCCCUGCGAGAGACCGUCGACGAGCUACGCUACUCUACUAUUACUACCGGCGCGAGUGAAGACAAUGUGUCACGAGAGUUGACGCGAAACGACUGCAAAGAACGCCUUAUAAGGCUGGAGCACGAGAAUAAGUUGCUGCGCCAGAACCAGGGCGCGCAAGCCGACCAAGCCUCUGUACAGGCGAUGCUCGAGGACUACGCGGCACGGCUAGAGGCGCAGCGCGCUAAGAACAGGGAGGCGGCCGCGAGGAUAAUGCAGCUCGAGGCGUCGCUCGAGGCGCCCAACCCGCGCCUCACCUCCGCCAUCGAGGACAGCCAGCGCAAAUCUCUGCAAGUGGAGGAGCUGCAGGCGGCGCUGGCGGAGGAGCGGCGGCGCGCCAGCAAGCUGCAGGAGACGCUGUCGGCGCGCGAGGCCGAGCUGCUGGCCACGGAGGACAAGUACAAGAAGUGCGUGGAGAAGGCCAAGGAGGUCAUCAAGACGCUCGACCCCAGGACUACUGGGCAACAAUCGAUGUCAGAUACAACACUGGGCUACUCGCGCGGCGCGGGCGCAGCCAGCGCGAACGCGUCCCGCGCUGAAGCGACGCCUGCUACUAAUAACAGACAUGAGUGGAGUGGCAGCGGCAGCGGCAGUGGAAGCGAAGAAAGCAGUCGAAGCGCGAACGAGCAACGCCUACUCGUCUCAGCGUGGUACCAACUCGGAGCGCGGUGUCACAGGGAAGCUGUCGAGUCGCGCUUCGCCGUACUGUCCGCGGGCCACUCGUUCCUCGCGCGGCAGAGACGCCAGCCCGCGCGACCGCGGCCCGUCCCCAUGAGCCCCGCCACCGCGCCCUCGCAAUGACGCGCGACGCCGUGACGCGCGACACGCGUCGCUUACAAGACCACCUCCCACAUUGUUAAGAUGAACGUUGAUCUAUAGUUUGCUGGACCAUGGAUGUGACUAUAGGACUCUUGAAAAUCGGCAUUGGCCAACAGUUACCUGAAUUCUACAAAAAAAUCUCGUUCAUUUAUUUUCGAACGAGCGUAAAGACACAAAGUUUUCGCGCGGCCGUUCAUGUGAGCCCUGCGACCGCACCCUCACAGUGACGCAUGACGUCGUGAUUUUGAAUGUUCAAAAUCGGUAUUGGUGAAUGAAGAUCUAGCCAAUAGUUAUUCAACUUGAAUACUUCCCACACUAUGAGUUAGCGCAAGACGCACACUGGUAGAGUGUAGUGCUGCCGAGGCGUGGCAUUUUUCUAGAUAACAACUCAAACUACUAUUUUCGAAUUAAUUUGGCAUAUAUAGGCGUAGGUGCGCGGCGGGUCACGCGUCCUUUAUCCUACAUGUUUUGUUUUCACUACACCAAUUUCAACCGUAUAUCUACAUACAUAAAACCGAGUUUAAGUUGUUAUCAAAAAACCUCGGCUCUACAUACAAAAAAUAAGGUAAAGUUCUUGCAUUUCACAAGCGUGCGCCAUGGCUCACGCUUGUGUUUAGGUUGUAUCGGUAUAAGUAAAGUGAAGUAAAUGUGUGCGUUUGCGAGCGCUUCCUCGCAACUGAUUGGUCCAACAGACACACACACUUACGCAAUGUGCGUGUACACAACGUACAACAAGUAAAGAAUCAUACAAUAGGUGAUUUGAUUGUUGGACGUUAAAAACUGAUGAUAAUAAUUAACGUAAUUGAAGAUCGAGUCAGUAGUUACUCGUUUUAAGUCAACAGUUACCAUCUUUAGAAAAAAAUCUCAUAUUUUUAUAACAUUUGAUUGUAGAAAGUAUAAACGUGACAUUCAUGCGUGAGCAGAAUUUCUGUCUAAUCUAGAAUGCAGCUUAGGAGUUACAACAUUAAUUAUUAUCUUAGAAUACAGAAGUAUUCUGAGCAUACCUGUUAUAUAGUAACUGACAGCGUUGAUACCCUAUCUGUGGAAAGAUGUUAGUUAUACCGCAAUUAGGGCCGGCGCACAUAUGGCGGAGCGCAGCGCAGAGCAUGCCCACGAAGUUUUCUAAUCGCGUGACAUAUUACGCGAAUUUCUACCAGAGAAUGCACGAGCACGUGCGCUGAUGCGCGAGUAUCCGCACGGAUGCACAAUUGAUUUUAGAUACUCGUAUUAUUUCAAUGAGGACAAUGUCGAUAAUAUUUUGAUUGAAAAAUGCUCUGCGCUGCGCUCCGCCAUAAUAUGUGCGCUGGCCCUUACGUAAUCUCCAACAAAUUCUAGCGCUUGCCAUUUUGACUCACCAACCAAUCGCAAACGAAACUAUGUUGAAUUUCGAAUAUUUUAGAAAACAUGUUUGUGAUUGGUUGGUGACUCAAAAUGGUUAACGCCUAAUAAUAACAGAGACAGCCCUAUACUAACUUCUUUCCGUGGUUACAGUAUAGUUGGUAUUAUUGUUUGUCUGUUGUCUUUGGUUAGGUUGAUUGUUGUACACAAUCUCUAGAAUAAACUAAAAUGACCAGUCUAAAAAUUAUUGCUACUCCUUUCACAAUGCUUCCUGCGAGAUUGUGUACCAAAAUAAACUACAAUGUUUUUUGAAUUAAGAUUAGUAAUAUUUAGGCAUUUUUCACACUAAACCUAUUGUCAGUGAAUGUGAGCAAGCAGUAAUAUGCAACUCAUUCAUGCAGGACCAGCAAUAGUUCUGCACUACUGCCAAUUGUUCAGUGUGAACGAAUCCUAAGUCUUAGGUCAAUAUUGUAAAGAAGUCCAGUAUAUAGCAAAAAUGUUUCAAAAUCUGUAUCAGUUGUCUCGAAACAAUAAUAUUCAAUUUUAUAAAUAAAAUAAUUAAUCAUUUAUUGCCUCAAAAGGCAUACGUCCAAUUAGGUUGAGCCACUGAUGCCUAAAAUAGGUUAAACGCCUGUGUUAUAGGCAUCAUAAUGUUAUUUUUUUAAAUGUCUCAAUCGCCCAAUAAUAGGUAUUGCCUAGUAAAUUAAUACAAAGUACUACAAAAGUAUAAAAUAUAAUAUCACAAUAAUAGUGCAUUUUAUUUUGGCAAUAAAAAUACUAUUAUCUGAUUAUAUUAUUAGAUUUAUUGAUUGCUCACUAUCAAAGACUUUAAGUUAAAGAUGUGUAAUGUGUUUUCAUAUACUUAUAUUUUUACUUUAUAACGCCGCCUGAUGAGAAAACUGAUAACACAUAGUUUUCAUUGAAAAGUAAUAAUAUAACGGUUAUAAAUAAAUACCGGCUUUAGCUUUAGACACGUGCAACUUCGGUGUUGCCCGACAACUUUUGAACCUGUUGGUCUAUACCUAUAGGCUCGCCUUAGGCUCAACACAGCACAGCGACGAAGCAACGGCGACGCGUCUUUUCCUAAAAUAAAAUAUGUAAGACAUGUAUUCUGAAUUUUAUCACCGCCGUGUACUGCACAAACUUGAACGAAUUCUCCGCUCCGUGUUCUGACGGUUUUACUCAUACCAAAUUAUUUAAAAUAAUCUUUGAAUACAUAGCAUUUUAGAAAAGACGCGACCUGUAGCAUCGACUCUGCCGAUUUGCCUUGAGCCUUGCUCGGCAACUGAUGAGGAUUUCAUUUUUUUUUUGUUCACACAACAGUUCAAGUUUGAAGUUUUUAUUUGGUGCAUUUUUACUGUGUAAGAUAUUAUUUUUAAGUUCAACAUAUUAAAAAGUAAUAUAAAAUAAAAUGUAAUUGAACACAGUUCAUAUUUAAUGGGUAUUUAUUUUUUAUUAUAAUUAAUUAAUUAUUAUUAACGUAAAAGACAGAUUCAUGUUAUAUUGACCAAUUACCAAACAAAGUUAAUGAACAAAAUAUGGUAGUGAUAAUUUUUUUAAACAUUAAUUAAUAAAGAAAAUUUAUUAAGUACAUAAUACUACUUAAUUUGAUAUUUUUAUUUCGAAAUAAGCAUGAAUAGUAAAUAAUAUCAUCACAUCAAAUUCCAAUGUUAAUGUUAUGUUUACAAAGUCACUGGUAUUACAGUAAAAUUAAUACUAAUCUAGAUUUCUCAGAAAAUAUAAAGCUCCAGGCAUAUUUAUGUAGAGUCAAGUCAAAACAUAGCGCAGUGCAGCGACUUUCCUAAAAUGUUACAAAAUAAACCGUAUGUGCUUUCUAUAAAAUUGAUUUUAGUUUUCUGUCGUUUGUAUUUUGUUUUUGUAAAAAUUUACACUGUGGCAGAGGUGAUAAAGUUCAGUUUACUUGGAAACAUUUUAGGAAAGGCGCCUCGUGUUGCUGCGACUCUAUUUAUUGAGGCAUUAUAUUUUAAGCCUAAAAUCUUGAAACUAGGCGUUUUAUAUUUUAUAAUUAUGUAGGUAUAUUUUAUUCUGCACAAUCAAUAAUAAUGUUUUGAUUUUAAAAUUGUUUUAGAUUAUUCAUUUCUUAAACCUAAUAUAUAAUACUUUUUUGUAAUACCUUUUUUAUGUAAACGCACCUUAAAUUCAUCUUUAUUAUUAAACAUUUAUUCAAUAGUAAUUGUGAUAACUUUGUUAGAUUUAGAAAUUAUUAUAAAAUCGUGUUAAUUUGUAACGUAAAAAGUAUCAUUUCGAUUAAUAUCUAUAAUUCUAUAUAUCGCACAUAUUAAUCAGUUAUUUGUUUUUAUUUAAUACAUAUGGCGUGAUUUAAUGUUUGUAAACAUUUAUAAUUUAUUAUUAGUUAAAAAUAAAUUUUCUUACCUUUA